GAAACGAAGGGCCGGGCAGACGAACCACGCGUCCUUCCAUAAAUGAAGGAAUAACAAGGCAGCAUUUUUUUGUUCAACCUGCUUUUUCAGAUAGUUAAACUCCACAGAGAGACGUCAGAGCCACCAUGUCGGACAAGAAGGCUGUGAUCAAGAAUGCAGACAUGUCAGAUGAGAUGCAACAAGAUGCAGUAGACUGUGCCAUGCAGGCCAUGGAGAAGUACAACAUCGAGAAGGAUAUUGCUGCAUUUGUCAAGAAGGAGUUUGACAAGAAGUACAACCCCACAUGGCAUUGCAUCGUCGGGAGGAACUUUGGCAGCUACGUGACGCACGAGACGAAACAUUUCAUCUACUUUUACUUGGGUCAGGUGGCCAUACUGUUGUUCAAGUCUGGCUGAAACACCCACCUGUGCCACAUUUGUAAAUUUYACACCGCCUUUCUGCAGACAUGCCUACCUCCUGGUUCCUUGCUUACUUCAGUUACAUUGUGCCACCUGCAACACUUCCAUUGGUGGACGGUGCUUUAGUUGUGUGUGGACUGGUGAUCCAUCUUUUGUAGAAACUGCCKGUCUAGAGCUGAAUCUGGCAGCGGCGUUUGACCUGCAUCCAUACAUACUGACAGAUUUCGUUGUCUUAAAAUUUCUAGAUGUUUUUUUGUUUUUGCUGUUGGGGCUGGCCUGUCUUAUUUCACAAGAGUAUGUUGUAAAAUAAGUUAUUUUCAUUGCAUUAAAAUCAGCAACGGYGCUUUUGUUCAAAUGCCUUUUUAAUUUUAAGUGACAGCUGGUGGCCUGAAGAUGAAAGGGGAAAACACACCAUGACUGUUGCAAAACUUAAUAAAAGGCUGUGACAGGCUGAUUUAAAGGUUUGUACAUGCUUGAACAUUCCUGGCAACGCUUGUGAAUAUUUGCAGUGUUGCAGCUGCAUCUCUGUAAAUGGAAACUGUGAUCUUUACAGUCAUCACUUCAAACAUGUUGAGCACAAACCAACUUUGAGACAUUAAACUGGUUCAAAAUGUA